UCGCGACUCAGUUUGUGCGCCGGAACGUUUCUAUGAAGUCACAUUUCAGCGACGGACAGUUCCAGCUGAUGGACUCGCGUAUGUUUACACGUGAGAGUUUAGCUUAAAAUGGGAAAACUUAGGAAGAAACACAACUGGAAGGGAAGACAACAAACUGAUGCUCAACAACCAGCAAAUGAAGAGAAGACGGACAUUGUGGUGGAACUAAAAGAUGCGGACAGGCUGAAAGGUGUAGAUGAGAGCAAUGCUUUGGUCCUACCAGCAAACAAAACUAAGAAGAAGAAAUCCUCUCUGACACCAGUUUCCAGCAAAAAGCCGCUCACCAAGAAGCAGAGAAAGGAGCUGCAGAAGGUCCUGGAGCGCAAAGAGAAGAAAGUUCAGAGAGCAGACAUCCUGACCAAACUGGCUGCAGUGCAGCUUCCAGAGUCAGAACUGAAGCUCCUGUACACCACGUCCAAACUGGGAACAGGAGACAAACUUUACCAGACUAAACAGUCAUCGGAUGAAGCAAAAGAUGGAGACUCGGGUCCAAACAUCAGCAGCCUCAGUGGAGCAAACAGAAAGAGAAAAUGGAAAGAAGAGGAAGAUGAAGAAGAACAGAAGGCUGAAGAAAGUAGUGAUCUGGACACAUCUUCUGAUGAAGAGGAGGAUGAGAAUGUGAUGAAUACCACAGAGGCAAGGGUUCCUAAGGAAACAGAUGCCAAAGAGGAAGUGACAAAAGAGCAGAAAGCCACAGAGCAGAAAGAACAGAAAGAGAAAAAGAUUUCAGAGCAGGAGAAAGUUCAAAACAAGGCGCCAUCACAGCCGGCUGUCUUCAUUCCUGUUGACAGAUCACCAGAAAUACAGGAAGCUCGUCUGAAGCUGCCGGUUCUGGCGGAGGAGCAGGUCAUCAUGGAGGCGGUGAGAGAAAACCCCGGUGUCGUCAUCUGUGGAGAGACAGGCAGCGGAAAGACCACCCAAGUGCCUCAGUUUCUGUAUGAAGCCGGUUAUGCCAGUGACGGUCAGAUUAUUGGUAUCACAGAGCCGAGGAGAGUUGCAGCUGUCAGCAUGUCUCACAGAGUGGCCAAAGAGAUGAACCUGCCCCCACAGGUGGUGUCAUAUCAGAUCCGAUAUGAAGGAAAUGUGACGAGUGACACAAAGAUUAAGUUCAUGACAGACGGAGUUCUACUGAAGGAGAUUCAAAAGGAUUUUCUGCUGAAGCGAUACCGUGUGAUAAUCAUAGAUGAAGCUCACGAACGGAGCGUCUACACUGACAUCCUCAUCGGAUUGUUGUCCCGUAUCGUCCCGCUCAGAAACAAGAAAGGGAUGCCGAUGAAGCUGCUCAUCAUGUCGGCUACUCUGCGGGUCGAGGACUUCACAGACAACCAGAGGCUGUUUCGGACGCCUCCUCCCGUCAUCAAGAUGGACUCUCGUCAGUUCCCGGUCACGAUCCAUUUCAACAAACGCACCCCAAUGGAGGAUUACACCGGAGAGGCCUUUCACAAGACCUGCAAAAUCCACCGCAUGCUGCCUCCAGGUGGUAUCCUGGUGUUUCUUACCGGUCAGGCUGAAGUUCACAAUCUCUGCAGGCGACUGAGAAACGCUUUCCCUUUCAGGAAGAAUAACGUAGACGCUGCUGAGAAUGAGGACGCAGACAGCUCAGAGGCGAUGAGGAAGUUCAAGAAGGCCAAACAGAAGAAGAAAACAGUCUCUCUGCCCAGAAUCGACCUGGAUAACUACUCUGCCCUGCCGGUGGAUGAAGGUGAUGAAGACAGAGAGGCUGGAAUCGGAGACGAGGAGGACGGAGGCUCAGACCUCGACAUCGGAGAUGAUGUCGCUGAUUCAGAGGAAAAAGCUGACCCAUCCAUUCCUCUCUACGUCCUCCCACUUUACUCUCUGUUGGCUCCUGAGCAGCAGGCGAAGGUGUUCAGGCCGCCUCCACCUGGCACUCGUCUGUGUGUCGUCGCCACCAACGUAGCCGAGACGUCUCUGACCAUCCCUGGGAUCAAGUAUGUGGUCGACUGCGGUCGAGUUAAGAAGCGUUUCUACGACAGAGUGACCGGAGUGUCGUCCUUUAAAGUCACGUGGACCUCGCAGGCUUCAGCCAAUCAGAGGGCCGGUAGAGCGGGACGAACAGAGCCGGGACACUGCUACAGGUUGUACUCCUCUGCAGUCUUUGGAGACUUCAGUUUGUUCUCGGAGGCAGAAAUCACUCGCAGGCCUGUGGAGGAUCUGGUUUUACAGAUGAAGGACCUCAACAUAGAUAAAGUGGUAAAUUUCCCCUUUCCCACGCCUCCGUCUACUGAGGCUCUGGUUGCAGCAGAGCAGUUACUGGUAUCACUGGGAGCUCUGGAGGAGCCGCCUCGCACUGGAAGGGUGAAACAGAUCCAGCAGGCGAGUCUGAGCUGUCCCAUCACCCCGCUGGGCAGAGCGAUGGCUUCGUUCCCUGUGACCCCACGCUACGCUAAAAUGUUAGCGCUCGGGCAGCAGCAGGACUGUCUGCCCUACGUGAUCGCUGUGGUCGCAGCCAUGACCGUCAGGGAGAUUUUUGAAGAUCUGGACAGACCUGCACGUAGUGAAGAGGAGAGCUCUAAACUCACCCAGCGUCGAGCUCGGAUGACCCAGAUGAGGCGGCUGUGGGCUGGACAGGGAGCUGCUCUCCAGCUGGGGGACCUUAUGGUCAUGCUGGGUGCUGUUGGUGCUUGUGAAUUUGCUGGCUGUACUCCAAAAUUCUGUGAGGAUAAUGGACUGAGGUACAAAGCCAUGGUGGAGAUCCGGAAGCUCAGAGGACAACUUACUAACGCAGUGAACGCAGUGUGUCCGGCGGUGGGAGUAUUUGUGGAUCCGAAGAUGACCCCACCGACGGAGCACCAGGUGGUUUGCUUGCGGCAGAUUGUUCUGGCCGGACUGGGAGACCAUCUUGCGAGACGUGUACAGGCAGAAGAUUUACUGGACCCAAAGUGGAAGAAUGGAUACAAGACACCUCUCAUGGACGACCCAGUGUUCAUUCAUCCUAAUUCUGCACUGUUCAAAAGGCUGCCAGAGUUUGUCGUCUACCAGGAGGUCAUGGAGACCACCAAGAUGUACAUGAGAGGUGUCUCGGCAGUAGAAGCAGAGUGGGUCCCCCAGCUUCUGCCUCAGUAUUGUCACUUCAGCUCUCCUGAGGAGUCGCCGUCACCGUGGUUUUGUUCCUCCACCGGCACCAUCAGAUGUCACCGCAAAAGCACCUUCUUCCGUGUGGGUUGGCAGCUGCCUGCUGUGGAGAUGGAGUAUCCAGACGGAGUGGAGCGCUUCAAGCUGUUUGCCAGUUUUCUUCUCGAGGGACAGGUUUGUCCUCAACUGAAGAAACACAGAGAACACCUUCUCUCCAACCCCUCCAUCAUGCUGAAAACAUGGGCAAAGCUGCAGCCCAGAACGGAGGCUUUACUGGUGCCGCUGGUGUCAAAGAAAAUUGACAACAAAGAGGCUCUCCUUUCUGUCUGGAAGAUGGAAGAUAAAUUUCUUUUGUCUGCAUAUUGCCAGUGGUUACCUGAAUCCAUGCACCAGGAUGUAGCCAAAAGCUGGCCUCCGAUAUAAAGUCCUGCAUCUGAAAGUAGAAAAAAAUGACCUAUAUGGCAGCCAAGGCCACGUCUUCACUGUUGGGAAAAGAUUGUUGAGACUCAGCAGGGUUUUGUUAUGUUUUAUCACAAAGCAAAUACAAUACACCCAACACUGCCUUUUCUCAGUUUUGUAUUUUAUACACUGUGUCUAUGAAUUGUAAAGUUGUUUUCAUGCAGGAAGUAUUUCAACUACAGCUUUGUAUUGACUUUUAACUUGUUAUCAAAGUCUUGCUGUCACUUAUGUAUGUCAUUAUGAUGUGGUCUUUAUAAGACUUGUAAAAGAUGUGACCGUGAAAGAG